UUUGGAAGGCAGAUAAAAUGCCAGGUCUGGACUGCCUCUAGGGAUAACCUUUCCCUCUAGGAUGUGAAGGAGUAGCAUCUUGGCUGGAGAAUCCACAGAAAAUUGAUAAGGCAGGCUCAGUACUUCAGCACAGGCCUUUUCUACCUUUUGACCCAGCUGUGGUUUUGUAGCAAUUUUGCUUUUGUCCUGAAAGAGGUGCUUUGGAUUAUCAGAGCUCCAUGUACGACAAUUUGUACCUGCAUGGAUUUGAAGAUUCGGAGGCGGAAGAAUAAUGUGAUGUGUUACCCAAGAUGGUGUGAACAGAGCUUCAAGCCAAUGGAGAAGACUAGGCCUAAAUAGCUGUGCCGAUGAAGUGAAAAAUACAGCCACACCUGGAGUAUUCACAUCCUCAGCAGUCAUUCUCAGUGCAAAUGCAUUUAUGGCUGGUUCAGCGGAUUCCUAUACUAGUAGACCGUCUGAUUCUGAUGUAUCGUUGGAAGAAGAUAGAGAAGCGAUUCGUCAAGAAAGAGAACAACAGGCAGCUAUUCAACUUGAAAGGGCAAAGUCAAAACCUGUAGCAUUUGCUGUGAAAACGAAUGUGAGUUAUUGUGGAGCUCUAGAUGAAGACGUCCCUGUUCCGAGCACUGCCAUCUCCUUUGAUGCCAAGGACUUCCUGCACAUUAAAGAGAAAUAUAACAAUGAUUGGUGGAUAGGACGGCUGGUUAAAGAGGGCUGUGAAAUUGGCUUCAUUCCAAGUCCACUUAGACUGGAGAAUAUCCGAAUCCAGCAGGAGCAGAAAAGAGGACGCUUUCAUGGAGGGAAAUCAGGUGGAAAUUCUUCUUCAAGUCUUGGAGAAAUGGUGUCAGGAACAUUUAGAGCAACACCCACAUCAACUGCAAAACAGAAGCAAAAAGUGACAGAGCAUAUCCCUCCUUAUGAUGUGGUGCCAUCCAUGAGGCCAGUUGUAUUAGUGGGGCCGUCACUGAAAGGUUAUGAGGUGACAGACAUGAUGCAGAAAGCCCUCUUUGACUUCUUGAAGCACAGGUUUGAUGGGAGGAUAUCCAUAACGAGAGUGACAGCUGACAUUUCUCUUGCUAAGAGGUCUGUCCUAAAUAAUCCCAGCAAGAGGGCAAUAAUCGAGCGGUCAAACACACGAUCCAGCUUAGCUGAAGUACAAAGUGAGAUUGAAAGAAUCUUUGAGUUGGCAAGAUCCUUGCAACUGGUUGUCCUUGAUGCAGAUACUAUCAACCACCCAGCACAACUUAUAAAGACUUCCUUAGCACCAAUUAUUGUCCAUGUUAAAGUUUCAUCUCCAAAGGUUUUGCAACGGCUGAUUAAGUCUAGAGGAAAGUCCCAAAGUAAACACUUAAAUGUCCAAUUGGUGGCAGCUGAUAAACUUGCACAAUGCCCCCCAGAAAUGUUUGAUGUUAUUCUGGAUGAAAAUCAGCUUGAGGAUGCAUGUGAACAUUUGGCAGAAUACCUUGAGGCAUACUGGCGUGCUACACACACAACAAGUAGCACCCCUAUGACACCUCUACUUGGAAGAAAUUUGGGCUCCACGGCACUUUCACCAUACCCCACUGCAAUCUCUGGAUUACAGAGCCAGCGCAUGAGGCACAGCAACCACUCUACUGAGAACUCUCCAAUUGAAAGACGAAGUCUGAUGGCCUCUGAUGAAAAUUAUCACAAUGAAAGGGCCCGGAAGAGUAGGAACCGCUUGUCUUCCAGUUCCCAACACAGCCGAGAUCAUUAUCCUCUUGUCGAAGAAGAGUACUCUGACUCAUAUCAGGACACUUAUAAACCCCAUAGGAACCGAGGAUCACCUGGGGGAUAUAGCCAUGAUUCCCGACAUAGGCUUUGAGUUUAAGAACCUGUGGGGGGGACGGGGAUAGUAUUCAUCAGUUGACAAUUUGCCAUAACAUAACUAGGACAAACUAAUCAUCUUAACUUGCCAGGUCAAGCAUGGUGUUUGCUGUGCUUGUAAGUUGCUGUCAUUUGAUGGUAGGUAAAGGGCAAAAAAAAAAAAAAAGUAUAUCAAGCCCUAAUGUUAGAGGGAAAUUAGAUGCCCAGUCAUAUAGUUGUGUU